AUGGAACCCCUCAGAAGCCCAUUUUUUUCACCUCUUCCACAUCCAAAGCAGAGCUCCUCGCUCCCUCAUCUGAGGAAAGUCCAUGGCAGACCCGCCCCGCGGAACCCCUCCUCUGUACGUCUUAUCCGGGCGCAUGAAUUCGCCGACCCUUGGAGCCUCUCCGACGGCAAUAGCAGCAGGAGGUUCAGACCCGAGCCCUACAGGAAGAAGCCACUCUCCGAUGACAACGCGAGGCGGAUCAUCAAAGCCAAGGCGCGUUACCUCAGUGAACUGCGGCGGAACCAGGGUAGUCAGGCGCAGACGCCGCGCUGGAUUCGAAGGACCCCUGAGCAGAUGGUGAGGUACAUAGAGGAUGACCGAGAUGGGCACUUGUACGGGAAGCACGUGGUGGCGGCUAUUCAGAAGGUCCGGGCCCUGGCGGGGCUGCCUGAGGGAUCAUAUGACAUGAGGGAGGUGAUGGGUUCGUUCGUCACCCAGCUGAAUUUCCGGGAGAUGUGCGUAGUGCUUAAGGAGCAGCGUGGGUGGCGCCAGGCCAGGGACUUCUUCGCCUGGAUGAAGCUGCAGGUCGGUGGGUCCUUCGUCCUCCACAUCUCUUUCGUUCAUCUGUCACCAGGGUUUCAACGAUGUGAACUUUUUUUGAAAGAUUUUCAUCCUUCCUGUUCUACUAAUUAUCCUCAAAUACACGGUUCCUCCUGCUAUUUCCUCAUCUUUAUGUUCGGACCUGUUAAUUUGGGAACAUGUUCUGCACUUUCCAUUCCACUGGCGUUGACCUCCUUGAAGCGAUGGUCAAGCAUCCUCAAGGUCAAACGGAAAACUGUAUGGUGCGCUAUUUAAUAAUUUGAUGGUGUCUGUGGCAUGCGGUGGCUUUUUGGUGCCCCCCACACAUGGCCAAGAGAGUACGACGAGCCAUUUUGGACUAUUUGAUGAACAUAAAUGCCCAAGGGUUAUGCAUUUCGAGCAAGACAUCUAUGGUGCAUCUGCAGUGAUGAACUGAUUGAUCUUGCUUUCAUAUUUUAUGUAUCUGUCUCAUCACCAAUAUGUCAUCAGGCUUUAGAAGAACCAAAGAGGCCUUUAAUACAUACCUCACGAAGUAGAAUGAUAUGCUCUGGUAAAUAUUCUUUCUUGUUCUCUUAACAAGGUAAGGUAUCUAGCCUUGUCGUGGGCUUUGUAGCUUUGUAGGUCGACUCUCUGAGGUGAUUUUUUUGGAAUUAGCAUGGUAGGAUUGAAGGAGUAUUUUUUUGUAUAAAUAUUAUUAUUAAUUCGGUUGAUUAUAUAUAUGGUUAUUUUUCGGUGGGAGGAUGAUAAUAGACUGGAUCUUCCGCGCAGACCUUCACUUGAAUAGCCUCCACUAUUUCCAAGUGCGUUCAUGAUAGUUUUUUUGUCAGAGAAAAGGUAUUUUGUGCAUGCCAUUGUGUCAGAGAAAACCUUGAGGAUAAGCUCGGGGCCUGGUUCAGUCAGCUGGAUCCGUAACAAAGGCUUGAUACCGUAAGAAGGAAAAGAAAAGGGACUGAAAUUAUUAGCUCCUAAUUGAAGCUGAUGUGGUUAGAACUGAAUUUGUCUGAUUACCAAUUUUUCGCCGUAUGAAGAAAUAUAAACAGAGUAUCCUGGGCUGUGCUAAAAUUGGUGAACUACCUGCUGAGGAAUGCUAAUUAUUAUGAUUUUAGGACUUAUGGUUGUAUGAUGAAGUAUUUUGCCGAAAAACUUUAAAAGCUCUAUCAAUUGUAGUGAUAAGAAUCAGAACACUCCGAGCCUGAAGCUUCAUUGAUUAGUGGUCAUUUCGCUGGGUAAAUCAAUAUUUUAUGUUUUUCUGACAGCCAAUUUGGGAAGAUGGAUGUGAAGGAUAGAAGCAUUACGAAAUUCUCUGUUAAUUUGUGUAUAAACUAAAACCUGGCAUUACAGUUUAGAUGGGCUUACACUCAUACUUCAUCUCUGUUACAGCCCUGAUUGUUGGAAUACUGUUUUUCUGUCUUCGGUUUUCCAUAGAUUAUUUCGUCUGAAAAUGUGCCAUGGCUUGUGAAAUUCAUAGUUUUUUUUGGCGUUUAUCUAUCCAUUUUAUGUGCAGAAAAUAAAUUAUGUAUCUGUUGUAAAGUGGAAAGAAUGAACUUCACGUUUCUGAUCGCAUCCUUUGAUGCAGCUGUGCUACAGACCCACUGUGAUCGUCUACACAAUCCUUCUUAGGAUGUAUGGCCAAGUAGGGAAGGUCAGACUCGCGGAACAGACAUUUCUGGAGAUGCUUGAAGCAGGUUGUGAGCCAGACGAGGUGGCUUGUGGUACUAUGCUUUGUGCCUAUGCUAGAUGGGGGCGACAUAAAGAUAUGUUGAUAUUUUAUAACGCUGUGAAGAGGAGGAAGGUGCUACCUUCCAUUUCGGUGUUUAAUUUCAUGAUUUCCUCAUUGCAAAAGAAGAAGCAACAUGAGAAAGUUAUACAAUUAUGGGAACAUAUGAUGGAUGCUGGCGUCAUUCCUAAUAGUUUUACUUUCACAGUUAUUAUCACCUCUUAUGUGAAACAGAAUCUUUUGCAUGAGGCUUUGGAAACACUUGAAAAAAUGAGGAAAUCUCGAUUCAUCCCCGAGGAGGCAACAUACAGCCUUUUGAUUAACUUGACUGUCAAGCAUGGUAACCGGGAUGAGGCAUUGAGACUAUACGAAGACAUGAAAGCUUGGGGCAUUGUCCCCAGUAAUUAUACCUAUGCAUCGCUUCUGACAUUGCACUACAAGAAUGGUGAUUAUUCUAAGGCUCUCUCGCUCUUUGCGGAGAUGGAGAGAAGUAAAAUCGUGAUAGAUGAAGUAAUUUAUGGAAUGCUUAUUAGGAUAUAUGGUAAACUGGGUUUGUACGAAGAUGCAGAGCAAGCUUUCCAAGAAGUUGAAGAAUUAGGUCUCCUUACGGAUGAGAAAACAUAUGCAGCUCUUGCUCAAGUUUAUUUAACUUCUGGGAACCAUCAGAAAGCUUUAAGUGUCUUUGAAUUAAUGGGCUCCAGGAAUGUGCAAUUAUCUGCAUUUACAUACAGUUCUUUGCUUCGAUGUUUCAUUGCAAAGGAGGAUGUUGAAUCUGCAGAGGCUACCUUUCACACUUUAACCAAGUUUGGUGCGCCUGAUGCAGUCUCUUGUAAUGAGCUACUCAUUUUAUAUGUUAGGCUGAAUCUUUUGGAGAAAGCGAGAACAUUAAUUGUUCAUAUUAGAAAGGUCAAAGUGCGGUUUGAUGAGGACCUUUAUAGGACAGUUUUGCAGGUAUACUGCAAAGAGAAAAAUUUAAAAGAUGCUGAACAAGUCAUCGAAGAGAUGGAGAGAAAUGGCUACAGCCUGGAUAAAUACACUAAGACAUCUCUGAUGGCCAUGUACGGGGAAUGUGGUGCACUUAAGAGAGCAGAACACUUCUUCAAGUCUUUGGAGCAACCUGAUGUUGUUGCACAUGGCGUAAUGCUUUGUUUGUAUUUAGAAAAUACUGAUAUGAGGAGUUCUAAAGAAAUUCUUGAAUCUCUUGUGGGAACAAGUGAAGGGUUAUCGUUGGCUAGUCAACUCAUCAGCAAAUUUGCACGGGAAGGUUAUGUAGCUUCAGAUUUCCGUGGCCUGUUUAAUUACAUUUUUUAAGUAUAGAUGACUUUGUAAGUUACUAAGUAAUUGGUCGAAGAUUGCCGAUGGGCUCAUUAAUCAUCAAUUUGUUGCAGGAAACAUAGAGAAGGCCGAUACCUUGUAUGGUCAAUUGAUUGAGCUAGGUUCCAGACCCACAGAUAUUGCAAUAUCUUCUUUGAUAGAUCUUUAUGGAAGACGACAGCAACCAAGACAAUUAGAAGAUCUACUCGCAUCACUAUCAGACUCACCGAACAAAGGGAAACUUGUAUAUUGCUCUAUGGUUGAUGCAUUUGUCAAUUGUGGAAAGCUCGAUGAGGCAAAUACUAUUUGCAAGGAAAUGCUCAAACAAGGCCGCUCUGUGGACGCAGUUACUCUGAGUGUCCUCGUAAAUGCCUUAUCAAAGAAUGGUACGUAUAGGCUGGCCGAGUAAAAACCCUCUGUCAGAGAGAAAAAAAAACUUCACUAAAUGCGGAAUAUAAAGGGUAACUCCUUCUUUUUAAUGGCAUCAAAUUUCCACGUUUAAAAUGCUGUUUGAGAUCAUGGUUCCCAUAUUGGCAGAAUGAUUCUAUUGACAUGAAUAUAAUAAUUCAGCAUAAUUAUAAGACACGAUUCAUUUGACCAUGAAAACAACUCUUUAGCUUGGAUUUUAUAUUAUUUUUCGGGUAGUGUAUCAGACUCUGAAAUUUGCGACAGUGGAGUUCAGGCGGUUUACUUUUUGUGUCUGGAAUAUAGGUAAGUAUCACGAUGCGGAGAACAUAAUCAACGACACUUUUCAGUGUGGUCUGACUCUUGACACCGUUGCUUAUAAUACAUACAUCAAUUCGAUGCUGGAAUCAGGUGAAGCAGCAAAAACGGUAGUGAUUUACCUUUCGUAAAAAAUGGUUCCAGGCAUCAGUUGUGUGAUUACUGCUGACAUAUCGUGCAGGUAAAUUGCAUUUGGCCUCUGACAUCUUUGGUCGCAUGAUCUCUGAAGGUGUUCCUCCAACCAUUCAAACCUAUAACACCAUGAUUAGGUAGUAAUCUGGAUUAGCUCUUAUGGGUAUUAUGUCGUUUCUCUUCUACUUAAAAUUGUUCAUAGUUAGUUUCUUUCUUGAAUGCAGUGUGUAUGGUCGCAGAGGAAAUCUGGAGAAGGCUAUUGAGAUGUUCAACACAGCAAAGAGCAUCGGAUUAUCAAUAGAUGAGAAGACAUAUACCAACAUGAUCAGUUAUUAUGGAAAAUCUGGUAGAAUAUCCCCCUUCUACCAUCGUACAUGGACUUCAAAAGCUUUCUGUGUCCUAGUUGAAGCACCACAUGUGUUAGGAAUAUAGGGAAAUAGGGAGAAGUGGAGGGCUCAGCUCUCUGGUAAUAUUGCAGUGCUUAUAGACGAGUACAAAAAAUAAAACACCGCAAUAUACAGAAAAAAAGACAGACGGCAGAUGGACUGUAAUAUCAUCUAUUAACACUCCUCACUCUCAUGGGGAUCAUGAACUGAGGUUUUACCAAUGAACUCUCAAGUGUGGAAUAAUUUGAGAUUUGGUGAAUAAGUCAGCAAUCUAUUCAACCAAAGAAAUAUGAGGAAGUGACAAAGUGCCGUGGAGUUAUUGUUGACAGGCAAAAAGAUAAUCAAUAUCUAUAUGUUUGAUUCACUCAUAGAGACAUGAGUUUUUGAGAUUUGAAGGGAGCUGCAGUUGUAACUAUAGAGUAGAGUAGGAGCUGAAGAUAUUAUGCUGUGAGUUAGAAGUAAGUGACAAAGUCAGGCUACCAGAACAUGGUAUCUGGCUUCAAUGCUGAUUGAAACACAGAGAGGGAAGGGAAUACGAAGAAAUGGGGGGAAGUGGAGGGUUUGCAUCUCCAGUAGCAUGGGAAUAUACACUUCUUGCUCGGAGUGAAGAUGAACUCUCAACUUUUCGAAGAAAUCCCACCCCAGCGGUAACAACAGAGAGGGAACACAAUGCUUUAAUACCAGAUUGAAAAUAUAGAGGAAUAGGGCCUGGCUCUUGUUAAGUAUUGAAAUCGAUAUGUAUGUACAUAUACAUAUAUUUCACACAUAUAAAAGGGCCCAAAGAAGGGAAAAAGAAGGAAAGAAAGAAAGGGAAAGUUUGUGCAUAAAACAUAGUAUUCUCUCUUAACAUAUGGAAUAAAAGCUCUGAUACUAAAUUGGAUUUCAUGCAUAUAUCAGGUCUCAGACCUUUCCGUUCCAUUUUUGUAUUAAUGCAGAUCUAUAUGUUUCCUGUGUAUCAUUUUGGGCAUCCGUGAGACACUGUUUUCUCUCAUAUUGGUUGAAGAAUGUUCUGGCGAGGAAAAUUCUCCUAGCUUCCUUCAGCUUUUUUUUUUUGGUUAACUUUGUAAAAAGUAUUCCUUUAUCUUAUAUCAAGGCCUUGUGAUCAGUUCUCCAUUUACGUGUGUUGUCUCGAAUUUAGUCCUGCGCUCCUCAUAUGCUUUUGGAUAUCACAGGUGAAAGUCAAGAAGCUUCUCGUCUAUUUGGUGAAAUGCAGAAAGAAGGCAUUAGACCGGGAAAGGUUCGUAAACUUAAAGAGAGAUUUCAAAAGUACAUUAUUUCAUACUUACAGCCAAAUUCACUGUUCCAUGCUUGCCUUGUGUGAUUACUUAUUUGGAAGUCCUUAGCAUUAUAUGAACUUUGUAUCCAUGCCUAUGAUGAUCAUAUGGAUCGAACUGGAUCCAAAAAUUGAAUUCUAGAAAAAUUUCCUGUUACAUAUUAGUUUGACUCUUGUCGAAAGAAUUUCAUGAUUUACAACAUUUUAAGUGAGAAUGAAUGUGAAGAAGGCUCAAGUCACCAUCUCUGAAGAAGGCUCGAGAUUAAUAACUCUUAGUAAUUGGCAUUUUCUAUAUACUUACUACCUUUUUUAAAAUGCCUAGAUAAGUCUUCCUGUGGUGGUUUUAAGUUUAUUUUCUUUCCCACUUUAAGUUUGGAUCAUUGAGACAAAUAGUUUCUCAUCUAGAAAUUCUCCUUGACACCUAAAAAUGCCAAUUAACUCUUAGUAAUUGGCAUUUUCUAUAUACUUACUACAUUUUAAAAAAAUGCCUAGAUAAGUGUUUCUAUGGCGGUUUUAAGUUUAUUUUCUUUCCCACUUCAGGUUUGGAGCAUAGAGAAAAAUAGUUUCUGCAUCUAGAAAUUCUACUUGGCACCUACAAUCUAGGCUAGGCUUCCAUUUUGAGAUUAAAUUUCUCAUGGUUCUUGAUACAUUUACAUCUCGUGGAUGCAGAUCAGCUACAACAUCAUGAUCAACGCUUAUGCCACCAGUGGUCUAUAUCAUGAAACGAAGAGUCUCUUCCAGUCUAUGCAGAAGGAUGGGCACAUUCCUGAUUCUUUAUCCUAUCUUGCACUUGUGCAAGCUUAUGUCAAGGGUCAUCAAUACACAGAAGCAGAAGAUGCUAUUGAUACGAUGCAAAGGACAGGGAUCACUCCCUCUUGUUCUCAUUUCAACUUCCUCAUCUCUGCUUUCACCAGAAAUGGACGUGUAAGGGAUGCAGAAAGAGUUUUCUUGAACAUAAAGAAGGCUGGGCUGGAUCCGGAUCUGGCAUGCUGCAGGUCGAUGCUGAGGGCUUAUAUGGACUGUGGGCUCAUAGAUGAAGCCAUUUCUUUCUUUGAACAGAUAAGUGAAUCUGUGAAACCUGAUGCAUUUAUUUUGAGCGCGGCAGCCCAUCUUUAUGGGAGCAUGGGACAGGAUUCCAAGGCAGAAGAACUUCUGUACUUGAUGAACGAAGAGGGGGUACCAUUUCUCAGUCAUCUGAAAAUUGGAUCAAGAGCGAAGGAAACAUGA